GCCUGCACCCGCGGUCUUGCUAUUUCGCCGCGCAGAGGUGAAGUUUGGCGCGGAAAGAUGGAGCUCUGUGCUGUUCUUCUCCUCCUGCACUUAUCAUCCCACGCCAAGGUGUCAGCCCUGAAGGGCCAAACCGUGGGAUCAUCUCAGUGUCCCCUGGGCCAUUUCCCGUGUGGAAACAUGAGCGAGUGUCUUCCUCAGGCUCUGCAGUGUAACGGGCAUCAGGACUGUCCCAAUGGAGUGGACGAGUCCCACUGUGGUGACAAUGUUGGAUUUGCUGAUUUGUUUGGUGAGAGAGUGCAGAGGAACGAAGCGACAGAACUGAUGAAUGAGUGCUUCCUGCAGGAUUACCCGGAGUUUUGUAGCUGCUCACACACUGAAGUGGGAUGUGUGGAGGUCAACCUUCAGGAAGUUCCUCCACUCCCGCCCAAUGUAACGUGGCUUUCACUGAGAGGCAAUGAGAUCCAGCUGUUGCCCGAUUUUGUCUUCUUUGAAUGUACUUCACUUGAGCGACUGUUUAUGCAAAAUAACCACCUCAAUUUCAUAUCCAAGGAUGCCUUCAGCGGCGUGCACAAGUUAGAAAGACUGUUCCUGAGUGAAAAUUUUAUAUCCUCGCUCACUCCUGGAGUCUUCAAGGACCUUCGUCAGUUGCAGUGGCUGAUUUUGGAUCAUAACCCACUUGGUGUCGUGUCUCCGGAGAGCUUCUACGGGCUUCAGUCUUUAAUAUAUUUGUCCAUGGUGAACACGUCGCUGAGGCAGAUUCCGCAUCCCAGCUUCUGUCAACACAUGCCUGCGCUGGACUGGCUAGACCUUGAAGGGAAUUUCAUCCAAGACCUCAACUAUUCAAUACUGAAAACGUGCAACAGUUUGGAGGUCCUGGUAUUGAUAGACAAUCAGAUCCAACGCAUCCCUGAAAACACCUUCCAGUCUUUGUGGAAACUGGCUGAUCUAAAUCUUGCAAAGAACCGGAUCAGUGAGCUGCCUAAUAAUACCUUCAGGAGCAUGUCCAAGUCUCUCCGUAAACUAAAUGUUUCCUACAAUCCCUCUCUCCGCAUUCGUUCCUCCAACUUCAUCCAACUGACAAACCUGCAGUCUCUUGCUCUGGAGGGGAUUGAAAUCCCCGAAAUUCAAACCACGAUGUUCCUCCCUAUGGCAAACCUGUCCCACAUAUAUUUCAAGUCUUUCCAGUACUGCUCUUAUGCGCCUCAUGUCCGCUCCUGCAAGCCCAACACUGAUGGGAUCUCAUCAUUCAAGGACCUUCUGGCCAACACAGUGCUGCGUGUGUCCGUCUGGGUCAUCGCCUUCAUCACGUGCUUUGGUAACCUCUUGGUCAUUGCUAUGCGAUCUGUCAUUCAGGCGGAGAACAACUUACACGCCAUCGGCAUCAAGGUCCUCUGCUGUGCCGACUGCCUCAUGGGGGUUUAUCUGUUCUUUGUUGGUGCGUUUGACAUGACCUAUAGAGGGCAGUACAACCGUUAUGCCCUGCUGUGGAUGGAGAGUGUGGAGUGCCGCACCAUCGGCUUCCUGGCCAUGCUCUCCUCAGAGGUGUCAGUUCUCCUGCUGACCUAUCUCACACUGGAAAAGUUCCUGGUUAUUGUGUUCCCCUUCAGAAACCUGCGCCCUGGGAAGCUGCUGACUGGGGUGAUUCUGGUCUCUAUUUGGGUGCUUGGUUUCGUCAUAGCAGCUGUGCCACUGAUAUAUGCGGAGAUAUUUGGGAACUAUUAUGGAAGGAAUGGGGUUUGUUUUCCGCUGCACUCAGACAUGCUGGAAAAGCCUACAGCUAAAGAAUAUUCCACUGGGAUUUUCCUGGGUGUAAAUCUCGUGGCCUUCCUGGUGAUCGUCGUCUCCUACUUGUGGAUGUUCUUCUCCAUCUACAAAACUGGCAUCAACGCGACAGCGCUCAGACGCAGACGUCCUAGCGACGUGGCUGUGGCCAACAGGUUUUUCUUUAUCGUGUUCUCUGACGCCCUCUGCUGGAUUCCCAUCUUUCUGGUCAAGGCGCUCUCCUUGUUGGAGGUGGAAAUACCAGGCACCAUUUCCAGCUGGGUUGUGAUCUUCAUCCUCCCCAUCAACAGCGCCUUGAACCCCAUCCUCUACACCCUGACCACCAGCUUCUUCAGUGAGCAGGUGGAACUUUUACUCUGCAAAUGGCAGCGGAAACGCAUUAAAAAAGACCCCAAAAGUCUCACGUCCUCCACCAUUUUCAUGGACUCCUCACUUGUUUCAUGCAAACAACAUAGUGCCUACCUCCAGCAGGUCUGUGGAGGACCUCGCUCUGCCUGAAGAAUGUCAUGACUUGUGAGUGGAUGGAGCGUGCAGUUACUCAUUGGUUGGGUGUGGAUCAUUGAACAGGACAGUUAAGCAAGGGUGCAUGAGAUGUGAGAUAUGGGGAUGAUCGUUCGGCAAAAGACUGCGUGAUUAUUGAUUGCUUUUCAACAAGAGAGGUUGGGGUCAGACUGGUCCUGACUUUGUCUGUGCCACGCCUCUGCAGUGACAUUCAGUACCUUGAAAACAUUUUUUUGCUGGAAACUUGCAGAUCGAUUUCCUGUUGAUCAAAGGUCCCUUGAGGCAGUUUAAUGGGCUUGUGUUACAAGGUUGGUCUGGUGAUCACUGUCCAUGUCUUAUUUUGAAUUUUUAGAAAAAGGCUGCAGAAUAAUAACAGAAUAAGAACUAACAAAGUUGCUCAAUGGUUCUUUUGGACGACACAUCCAUUUAUUUCUUGAACUUGAUAAAGGGCGCAGAACAAUACUGUUACACAGUGAUCAUUUCUGUGUUUUUUUAUCAUGAACGACUGGGUUCUGAACAAGACAGCUUUUACGCAUGAAAUGUUCAGCUGAAGUGCCAAAUGACUACUUCGCCUUGUGGAACAUUGGUCUUUGGUCUAUUGUUCCACUGCAGAAACCGAAGAAGAGGUGUGGUGGCGAUCAAAAUGCACAUAUCCUCCAAAAGAGCCUUUUGUUGAUGGGUUGACUGUUCUUGUUGUGUUCUACUGUGUCUGUUCUGUGAUGUCAUCUGAAUGCAGGAUUGUGUGGUAAUGAAGAUGUUAGACAGACUAUCAUAAUAAAAAAAUAUUGCGGCUCUACUUGAGCUCAAGUUGUCUAUGUCACCAUCUCAGACUCAUUUCAGAGGUUUGCCAAAGCAAGUGAGGCUACUCCACCUUCAACUGGCCACAUCUUUAGUCACACGUCUGUGCUUAACAUGUUCGCCAUCUGUCUCCAAUUUUCUCUCCGUCCAGCUGUACAUCAUGGCUGCUCUCAAU